AUGUCACGGAUCCUGAAAGUUGCUGCUCUUCAAUUAGGCCCUGUGCAUGCAACAGAUACGAAGCCAGAAGUGAUAGACCGCCAUAUACGCCUUCUUCGAUCCGCCGCUUCGCAAGGUGUACGGCUGGCGGUUCUACCUGAACUUGCCUUCACCACGUUCUUCGCGCGGCACCUCUUUCCGGACGAUGUGAGCUUAUCAUCUUACCUGGAACACGAUCUUGAGGUUGCAAAGUCAGAAUUUUUUAGUCGGUUAUUCAGGGAGGCCGGUGACUUAGGAAUUGAUCUGUGCGUAGGCUACGCGGAGCGGACUCCAGAUGGCAGAACGUUCAAUUCUUCUGUGUACUUCUCGGCGACGACAAACGAGAUUAUAGCCAAAUACCGCAAGGUACACAUACCUGGCACAAGAGAGCCCUUGAAAGAUGGCAGUGGCGCCCAUCAUCUGGAGAAGAGAUAUUUUGAGCCUGGCGACUUGGGCUUCGAGGCAUUUCGCGCGCCCAACGUAGGCGAACACCCAGGCUCUGAUGGCCGAAAGGACGCCAUCAUGGGCAUGCUGAUCUGCAACGACCGUCGCUGGCCAGAGGCAUGGCGGUGCUACGGCCUUCAAGGAGUAGAGCUUAUCUUAUGUGGGUACAACACGCCAGGAUACAACCCUGCUUUCUGGGGUACGACGGACUCUCCGGACCCAGAGAAAGCUGAAACGAGGAUCAUGGCCCAGCACAAACUCGUAGUGCAAGCAAACAGCUACAUGAACAGCUGCUUUACUGUUGCGGCGGGCAAAGCAGGCCUCGAGGAUGGCGUUCAUCGCCUUAUUGGAGGCAGCUGCAUCGUUAGCCCUGACGGCGACGUUUUAGCAGAGGCUGUCACAGAAGGCGACGAGGUUAUUGUUGCAGAGAUUGAUCUUGACGACUGCAUACCGGGCAAAAGCAAGAUAUUUAACUUUGGAGAGCAUCGACAGGUAGACAAGUACUCGCGAAUCGUGGACCAAGUUGGUGUGAGAGAGCCGCCGGCGUUGGUCGCAAGUACGGCUGGGACGUAA